AUGUCUUCCCGGGCGCAGGAGAGGAGCUCUGGCGUUCAGCUGGGGAGCGCGCUGCUGCUGCUGCUGCUCUCCGGCUGUUCGUGCAUGGACGUGCUUGUGGCUAACUACAUUAAUGCACUAAAUGGAACAACUGUCAAAAUCCCCUGCACAUUCACUUCCUGCUACAAGAUGGACGCCACCAAGUUUGUCAUGAAUUGGACCUACCAAGAAUCACUCAACGAUACAGAGGAGAUGUUUAUGGCAUACUAUAGGAAAAAAGGAAUGGUGGCUCUGCGUUCGGAACGGUUUGGAGACAGGGUCAUGUUUGCUGGGAACCUGGAUAAGAACGACCUGUCAAUCACCCUAUCCGAUGUUCAGGUGGAGGAUGAGGGGAUUUACAACUGCUAUGUGAGAAACCCUCCAGACCGCAUCCAGGGACAUGGUGUCAUACAGCUCAAUGUUGUCACAGAACUUCCCCCUCCAAGGGACUCAACUAUUGCAGUUGCGAUCGGGGCAUCAGUGGGCGGAGCAUUGGCGCUGCUGAUCCUGUCCAUGGUAGUGAUAAAAUGUCUUCGUCGACAUCGGAAACAGGAACUGAUUUCAGAGGAAAAGAUGGAGGAGGAGGGGAAACUGGAGGCGGAAGGUGUAGCAGAGGAGGGGACCAAACAACCAUAGCGGAGUGACAUGAUUGAACCUGUGACGCUUCAACACCCAACACCUCAUCUUACAUGCGCACCCCUUCCUGAAGAUCUAUAGUGACCACCGCUUGAACUAUUGUCCACUAAUACUUCCAUCCCUUCUGUUUGUGCGUGCGUGCGUGUGUACAAUGCACACAAGUGUGCUUCUGUGUGUGUGUGUGUACUGAAUGUGUCUAUGUAUGUGUGCAAAUUUCUAUAUGUAAGAUGUGUCUUUUUCCUUGAAGUAAUCCAGGGACUUAACCACUAAACACUCAUUCAAUAGCAUUAGACGUCUUUCUUAUAAUACAGACUGCCAUUUUCAUAGCACACUAUAU